UGUCUCAUCACAGCAGAGGCGGCCGUCAGUCAGCACGCAGUGUCAGUGUGGACGUGCUGCUCUAAAUAAAGAUGUUUAGGAUCAAAUACGACGACAGAUAAAGCUACAACCAUUUCAGAAGGAAGUCCCACUUUGGUGUGAGGGAAUCUGUCAGUCACGAUGUAAGAUGCAGAUGCGGUUUGUGGAGACUCAUGGCGACAAUGUUCCGGUCAUGGUCCAUUAUCAGCGCUCUUAUGGUGCUGUCUGUGCACCUCUGCGUCGGUGAGACAUCCUGUGUCCUCUGGUCCAGCGCUGGACCUGUGGUGAGGCUGGGUUCCAGUUUCAAGGUGUACUGCACCUUCAACUGCAACUGCAAGGGAUUAAUGUACAGCGGCAACCUUCCCACAGUGCAGACACACAAAGAACUGAAUUCUUCAACUGUAUAUCUAAAUGUGGUGAACAUAACAGAAAGAAAAAUAACUUACAGUUGUCAUUGCAACUGUAUGUCCCAUGAUCUUGACCCCUGUGGACUGGACAUCUCAGCUGGAUACCCCCCAGAUUUCCCAGAAAACAUUUCAUGCAUCUACAAAAUCCUAAAAAAUGACAGUGGAAUUGUGUUCUGCAGUUGGAAAAGAGGACGAGAAACUCAUCUUCAGAGUGAUUUCAUGUUCCAGGUUAGAUCUGUAUAUGGAAACCACUCAGAAGGACCAGCUUUAUACAAUAUACCCAUAAAAGAAACUGAAUCACCGUCAGCUAGUUUCAGUCUUCCCAGAUCUGUCCAAAUCAUCUCAGUGUGGGUUCAAGCUCAAAAUAUACUGGGCCUUGUAGAAUCCCCCAUCUUCAACUACACGCUCAGUGACAUUGUGAUGCCAUCAACACCUAUUCUUGGUCCACCCGAUUGCACAUCCAGGAAUUGCAUUAUCAAAACAGAGGAGCCUGUGAGGAAUCAGCGCCUGCAGAUUCAAUACAAAACUGAACAUCAGGAACAAUGGACAACAUAUCCAGACUUGGUCAUGCAGGAGAGUUCAUCCCAAGCCUGGCCCGUGGCCUUUCUGGAGCCCUACAGGCUGUACCACUUCAGAGUCAGGUCCAAAUUCAGCACCGGCCUGUGGAGCCAGUGGAGUUCAAACAUUUCCAGUUGGACUCAAGAAGAAGCUCCAGCCCAAGCACUGGAUGUGUGGUUUGCCCCUGCAUCUAACUUUAAAUCCAUGACAGUUUACUGGAAGGAGGCUAACAUGUCCAUCUCCAGAGGGAGGAUCAUAGAGUACGUGGUCAAAGUUUACAGCCCAAAUUUGAGCAACCUCUCUAAUGUCAGCAGUGAUGUCAGAAGUUACUCUGUGCCAUUCUGUGCUGACUGUAAAGUGACGGUAUGGGCUCGCAACUCCAAAGGUCUCUCCCCUCCUGCCACCAUGACAACCCUUCGCACAAAUGCCAAGCCUCUUCCGGAUAUGCGAGCAAUUGCAGACAACAACAUUAUCACCAUCUCCUGGAAAAAACCUGAAACUGCACCCAUAAUGUAUGUGUUGGAGUGGUACCCAGAAGGCCGUGUGUUGGAGGAGCUCAGAUGGCUCAGGCUGGGCAAGAAUAACAACAGCAUUGUCAUCUCAGAUAUUAAACCAUCUGAGUGCUAUGAAGGGGCGGUGUAUUCCAUCUAUAGUGAGAGCUCAGUGAGUAGGACCAGAUUUGAACGGGUCGCCACUCAGGAAUCAGCUCCAGUUAUUGGUCCAUUAGUCCAAGAAAGAGUGAAAGGAAACGCGGUGAAUAUCACCUGGGAAGAGCUUCACAGGAGUCAGCGCAGAGGCUGCAUCACCCAUUAUACCAUCUAUCUAGAGAACAGCAGUAAAGAGCAAAAGUUUUAUUCUGUGGGAGCAUCAGACAGGACGUAUGAAAUCAAAGAUUUGUCUCCUGACAACUACAACCUGUGGAUGACUGCUUCAACUGCCAAAGGAGAAAGCUCUGCAGGCCAAAACAUCAAGAUCUUUAUAGAGCGCGAUACCCAGCUCACCCUCUUGCUAGUGUGUGUGGCUGCUGCCCUGGUGGUGUUGUUUCUUCUGUGUCUGUGCCAGAGUUCAGCGAUUAAACAGAGGUUCUGGGAGUUUUUCCAGUGCCUCAUGCUUGACGUUGUGCCAGAUCCUGCAAACAGCAAAUGUGUGAUAAAAUGCAUCGAAGACCAGGGCAAGAUGAACCUCCAGUCCCCAGCUGUUGACUCCACAUUAACUUAUAAUGAAGAGACCAUCCUAGUGGAUGUGGAAGAGCUGUCCAAUCAAGACACAGUAACUUCCAAACCCACAAUCCACUCACUGCUCCCUCCUCUCACCAAUCCCAGCCCAAAGAAGAAGCGGUAUCCCAUUCUGACCACCUACCUUAAGAGCAUCUCCCACGACUCAGACGAGAGCUCAGACCACACGCAGACCUCGUUGGGCACCAACACAACCGCUGGCUACAUCUCACCAAACACAAUGGAAAAUGAGGACGAUGAGUUUUCGGAUGGGGAUGACUUUUCACCCACGAGCAUCUUCCCCAGUAACAGCUUCUUCUUUGAGCCACUGAUUUCUACAGGAAAGCUGACUUUGGAUGCAGUGAAAAUUGACUGUAGUGAGUUCUUUGAGAGCACGUAGUACGACUGGAAUCACAACUCAGAGAGGACUGCUUUCAGCAGACCAGAAGCAAUGACUGGAGAAGACGGGUUUCAGUUGUUUUUUGUUUUAUUCUGGCUAAGUUCCUGGCUGAGAUGCAUGAACUACCUCCUCGCUUACUGAAGCCUGAACUGUAUCUAAACCUCUCUUGUUAAAGUCUAGGCUUCAGAUAUGCAGAAAUAAUCAAGUGUUUUCUCAUCGAAUGGCAACUAUGAAGGACUCAAACUGCCAAAAAAUAAAAAAUAAAAAAAUACAGAAAUAUAAAAAUGGCUCAAUAAAUAAACUGAUAUGACAAUAAAUUA